ACCUAUGCUUCUCCAACACACUCCAUUCUCAUCUCUAGCUAUAUCAAAGAAAGAAACAGACCGACCCACCCUAUAGCGAUUAUUAAAGAUAAAGAGAGAAUAGAAAGAAAUAUUCAUCAUAUAUCGAUACAUCUCCUGCAGGUAGAGCUUGGUUGCAGCUAGCCAUGGCGUCAAAGAUCUUGCUGGCUGUGAUCUUCGUCUUCGACCUCAUUGCCUUUGCCCUGGCUGUCGCCGCCGAGCAGCGCAGAAGCACCGCGACGGUGACGCAGGAUCCAGAGAAGAACUAUAACUACUGUGUGUACGACUCGGACAUCUCCACCGGCUAUGGCGUCGGAGCUUUCCUGUUCUUCAUGGCCAGUCAAGCCCUUUUAAUGGCGGCAAGCCAAUGUUUCUGCUGCGGCAAACCUCUCAAGCCCGGAGGUUCAAGAGCCUCCGCUGUUCUUCUUUUCGUAACCUGCUGGGUGUUCUUUAUCAUAGCGGAGGCGUGCUUACUGGCUGGUUCGGUGAGGAACGCGUACCACACCAAGUACCGGACCAUUUUCAACAUCGACAACCCUCCCUCUUGCCAGACCUUGAGGAAGGGAGUCUUUGCCGCUGGUGCCGCCUUCAUCUUCCUCAACUGCAUAGUCUCCGAGCUUUACUACAUUUGCUUUUCAAAGGCCAGGGCUGGCUUCCAACCCUACGGCGCUCAACCCGCCGUCAGCAUGGGAACCUACAAAUGAUAAUUAAUAAUAAUUAAAUCCAAAAAUUUUGAACAUUUUUCUGUUCUUUUAAUUUGAAUAUUGCUGCUGGGGUGGUUGCUUCCUUCGGGUCCCUUUGCUUUCGCGACAUUUUAGGAGUUGGAAAGUAGCUAGAGACUGCAUUAGUUUUUAUUGACAUACAUAUAGUUUUAAAUUGUUGCUGUUUUGUGUGCCUUUACACUGUAAACUUUUGGGGAAUAAUUGAGCUCUGGAUGUGAAUGUAAGGUUUCCGGGAAAAUGAAGAAAUUUCCGUGGGUGUUGUUAGCAUGGGAAUGGAAUGUUUGGAUGUA